GCUGCAGAGAAACUUUUUGGAUACGUGUUUUUGGAAUCUCCCGAAUGCGUUCACUAGAGAUCAACAGAACCGGGAUCCGACAAAUAAAUGGGACAACAAAAAUCGCGAGAACUUGAAUCGCUCCAGCUGUGUGCACGGUUCAGUUUUGCCAACUUUGUGUACUAGCCCAUCCGAUCUGCCUCAGUCAGCAGCAGAGGAGGAGGAGGCUGGAUGUAGCAGGAGACGGGUCACUGAGCUGCAGCGAGCCGGGUCCGAGUUUCCCAGUCCCCAACUCUCCAAUGUCACCGGACAGGAUGAUGAUCAUUGGACUUCUGCUCAACGUCUUCUCUCAUAGUGGUGUUCCAGUAUCUGCAUCCUUUGACUGCCUGGUGGCGGAGCAGGGCUGCAUCCAGGAGCAGUCCUGCAUGGUCCUCUAUCGACUGCUGGAGUACUGUGCAGCUGAGGAGGCGGUGUCGCCCCUUGGCCCAGAUGCUCGUUUGGAGUGCCUGGAGGCCCAGAACUCCUUGCAGCAGUACCGCCCCCUUCAGGUUUGCAAGUGUCAGCGUGGCUCUCGCAGGGAGGAACACUGCCUCAGGGUCUACUGGACUGUGAGAUUUGCAGCAUAUGAUGAGUAUGAGGUGUCUCCAUAUGAAGAACUGGAGUUAAAUCUGGUGAGAAACAUUGAGAUGUCGCGUAUGGCCUCCAUCAUGGCAGCUUCCACCCUAUCUGUGGAUGGCCAAAACCAGUGUCUGAAGGCAGCUCAGGACUGUGGUCUGUAUGAGAAAUGUGGCUCCCUGCGAUCAGAAUAUGUCGUGGCCUGCACCAAGCGAGCAACAGUCUCUGAGAACAACUGUAACCGCCAGAAAUGCCACAGAGCCCUGCGGCGCUUCCUUGAGCGCGUGCCAGAGGAGUACAGCUUCGCUCUGCUCUUCUGUCCCUGCUCUGACACCCUGUGUGGGGAGCGCCGGAGGAAAACCAUCGUCCCGUCAUGUUCCUAUGAGGAGAAUGGCAGAGGGGAGGAAAGGGUGGGCAAGCCUAACUGCCUCAGCCUGCAGAACUAUUGCUCCAGAGAUGAGCUGUGUAGAUCCCGGUUCGCUGAUUUCCAACAUAACUGCCAGCCCUCCCCUCUGUCUGCCUCUGGUUGUAUGCGAGAGAGCAGAGCCAUGUGCUUGAAGGCCUACGCUGGACUCAUAGGAACCAUCAUGACUCCCAACUAUGUGAGCAACAGCAGCACAGAAGUGUCCCAGUGGUGCACAUGUGACGGCAGUGGGAAUGAAUUGCAGGGCUGUCAGCGAAUCCUGCAUAUGUUCAGCAACAACAUAUGUCUGCGCAAUGCUAUCAACUCCAUGGGAGUCUCUGCACCUCCUCCUGUGGAACACACUCCUGUGCCAGCCUCUCAGCCUCCCCCGCGUGUCUUCCAGGAGAGGGUCCACAUCAGUGUUAACACCCUCCCUGAAUUCACCAGUAUGGAGGACAGCGAGGGAGAGGAGCAGCAGGAGGAGGAAGAAAGCGAGGAAUUCAAUGUCAUCCCGCCUUAUUCUGAGAAGGACUCUAACAUUGAAUCGGGGGCCAGAGGGAGUCAGCGGGGAGCAGCUAGCCGAGCAGUGCUUGUGUUACCAUUACUGCUGCUGCCUACACUCAUCCUGGACUGGAAGUGUUGGAGCUACUGAAGCCUCCAUCUCAUCCUCAACUCAUCUUUUACUCUUGCUACCACUUUCAAAUCCAUCACAACACUCAGAAUGAACCACAGAGGACAUUUGUGAGGAAGAAAUGGAAAUGCUCCUUCUUAACUUUUCUCUUUCUUUCUUUUUUCAAAAAUACUCUCACUUUAUUUUAUUAUUCUGUUUCUCUUACCACUGCCUCCUCAAGAGUUAAAAGAUAUCAGUAGUCCUGCAGCAUCUGCCAUGUCUUUGCUCGAGUUCUCUUCUAUGAACGGAAGGGAACAACGUGAGCAGAUACAUGAGUGCAUGGCUGAAUUGAGAAGUGCUGUCUGGGCAAACACUCUAUCUAGAGCCUGCUUCACACUCAAAGUACAUCCACUUUUUUUAACAAGAAGCACAUCGCCUAAGGCUACAUCCACUAUACAUGCUCCCAAAACCUAUAACCAGUCUACUCCACUGCAACCGGACCUGAGCUUGAUUUCUAUUUCAUAACUUAUGUCACAUCCGUUUCUCUGCUGCCCCUUCGGCUCUUCCUUUCCCUCCGUCAUACAGUGGUUGAGUAAAAUAAUCCACUUUACAACAAGUUAAUAAGAAACUGCACCGCACUUAAACUGCUUUGAACCACACACACAAAAAAAACAGCACUUUUUUAAAACGGCCUCAUUUUAAAAGUGAUAAGAUGGGAGCCGAUGCUUUGUCACACAGAGAUCUUAUGCCUUCUCAACUUUUGGUUCUUCUCGCUCCGUUCAUCAAAAAGCAGAGUGCAACAGUCCCUCUGCUCUGCCUCUUUUCUUAACACGCCACUUAGUACCAUUCCUACCAGGCUGAGUGGCUGAGAAUUCAACCACGGGCAAAAGCAAUGAGAUCAAAUUCUAUUGUAGAAAUGAUGAGCAGAGAAAAGCAACAUAAGCAAUUACAGCACAAUUCAAAUUGCUCAGCAUGCCGAGGAAGUCUGGAGUAAGGCUCAGGGGAGGAAAUAGCCAAUUUACUGCUGUCAUACCCUCUCACUUUUUUAUCCUUAGGAGAUGUGUUUUUAGUGCUCCUUCCCCCUCAUGUGCUUUAGAUGUUGUGAGAGCGAGAUGCGGAGAUAGCGAUGGACACAGGAGGCUGCAAAGCCUGCUGGCUGCUCUGAUCGUUGAGCAGCACAUUGAGCCAUUAUCUCUGCCUGAAAUAUCUUUUGCUGAUGUUAAUGAUUUUUUCUCUUAUGGCUCAUUUUCUUGUGAAAUUACGCAGCUGCAGGGAUGUAGGUAAAGAGAAGUAUAGGGAAGUUUUUUUAAGAGGGAGAAACUUGUCUAAUUUGAGGAUGAGUUUGCAGGAAAUAGCCUGUCUGAGCUCUGCAAGGAAACUUUCUCAUGUAUGUUCAUUUAUAUUGAAAACAAUCGUGUGUAAUGUAAUAUUUACAGUGAUUGUGAUGGAGUCCACUGACCUUGCCGUCUUCAAGCAGGUCUGAGCAUUUGCAAAAACAUAUCAAAAAAUAAAAAUUAUUGGUUUGCUGUGCAUGACAAAAGAGCACAGCUAAACAGGCUCAUCCAAUCCCACACCAGAGCCACAGUUUGAGUGGCAGUGCAUUUAAAUUGGAAUUAAAUGUUUAAAUAUCACUUGAGGAGGCAAUACGGCCCCACUACUUUUUUGCCCCCACUACUAGACUUGUUUACAUGGUGGUUUAUUGACACAAAGACUUGACGCUUUGAUUUGGACAGACAGUUUAAAGGCAGAAACGCACUGGAAGCAAAGCCUUUUCAAAUACAGGUCCAUCACCACUUCACGCUUGGGUUUGAUUUUUAGAAGUCACAGUUGAACUAGAAUGGAUGUUGUAAGGUUAGUAGACUUUUAGCGACUGUUACCCACUUUAGGGCAAAAUGACAUUGUGCAGCUUUUUGACCACAUUCUUGCUGAGAGUUUGGCUGCAGGAAGUUAAGAAGUGGAUGAGGAAAAGCCCAGUUAACAAAGCUCUGAAGUGUGCCCGCAAGCUUAGUCGGUGUAAAAAGUACCUACUAAGCUAAAGUAGCAUAUUUGGACGGAACAUUUCAAAUAAAAAAAUCUGGUAUCCAAAUAUAUGAACUAGAGCCAGAUGAUAGAAGAGACGUACUGAUAAAUAAACAUUAUGCAUCAUGGCAUCAUUGAUGCUGCUAAUUCAAGUCUCUCAGCUGGAGUGAGUCAGAAAGCAUCAGUUGAACAGCAUCCAGUGACUAGUGUCAGUAAUGACAUCCAGUGCGAUCUGGCCUUAAUGACUGAAUGUGAGUUUACAUGUAUUUUCACAUUUCACUGGGUUUGUUUAUAUUUGUAAACUAUGUAAAGUAAACAUUUACAUCAAACAUAACUUGUAUUUUUUUUUGAUGAUUUCAGGAAAAGAGAAAAAAAUGUUUAGUCUCCAUCCAUAAAUGAAAUUAAUUCUUGAAGAAAAUAUGUGAAUAUUCCCCAACUUACUCAUUUUUUAGAUUGUAUCUUGAACAUCCAGUUGACAGACUGUGUACAGUAAUAUGUUUCACACACUAACCUUGUUUUAAAGACAUAUCAAACACGCCAAAUAAUGCUGACUAUGAUGUGUAAUAACGUGUGUAAUUUUGUGACAUAGCAGAAAGUGUGCCCGUUUGUUAAAAGAAGAAUAAAA